GGCUGGAAAUCGAGAGUAAUUUUUGAUUUUGGAUUUUUUGUGCAAGUUAAACAAAUGACAUAGUAACGUGGAACUUUCUUCGAGAUCGAACACGGUACGGUGUCAAGUGCGAUUAUAGUGAACAUUGUGGCAGGGCGGCGAGGCGGUGAGAGCGCGGCCCGGUUGCGACCGGUCGGCCCCUCCGCCAGCGCGCGCGCAGCACACGCCGCUCCGCGCCGCCGACGUCGCGACGCACCCGUGUGCGAUACGCCGAACCGCACCGUCGCUAUCGUAAAACAUUUCCUUCCACUAAUUCCCGGCCCUAUCGGUGUGCUAAACGAAGAUGUAUUAACGAGUGUUAUCGGACUGUAUUACCAGUGUAUAUGUACCGUGACCGAUACUGAUGUAUUGAAAGCUGAGAUUUCGGAGCUUGCGAUACAUUAGGAUUCUGAUCGAAAAGCGGUUAUUCCAACUGCUUGGGUGUGCGUCACACGCGGUAUGGAGACAGGGGCGGCGGACGAGGAGUUCAUCACUAUAGUUCCGGUAGGCGACAAUAAGCCUGCCGUACAGGACUCUGCGUUCGUAACAGUGCUUACAGUGGGUGCUGCGGCGGGUGCCGCCAAAGUGGUUGUAUGUAGACCACGUGGAGCACGACUUGGAUUAGGACUUAAGUUUGAAGGUGGUUCAGCUGCCGCUGAGAGAGUGAGGAGACUUUUGGUACAAUCAUGUGCAGAAGAUAGCCCUGCUGCUAAAGCUUCUACGCCCUGGGGUAAAUUAAUACCAGGUGAUGAAAUCCUAGCUAUCGAUGGAGUAACGGUUUCAGAAUUAACAAGAAUCGAAUGUGUUCGUCGUUUAAAAGACUCAGAUGAGAGUUUAGAAUUACUUGUGAGACAUUUUGAAGCUGAAAAACAGCCUGAACGAAACAGUAUGGACUUUAAAGAAAAUAUUACAGAUAACAAACAGAGCUCUGAAAUAACUAGACCAUCGACAUUACCUCCCCCUGUUCCACCAAGGAAAUUGGGAAAGAAAAACUCUUUCAAGGACAAAUCUAUUCUUCAAACUCUUGGCGAACAAAAUACACUUGGAAACAUAGAUGCAUCUAAAGAGAGUGAAAAUAGCAAGGACACACUGCAUAGUUCAGUCAUUCCUAUGAUAAAUAAGUUAUCACGAAAAUCAUCUUUCGAUAGUCACAUACACAGGCAAAAUAAGGAAAGUAUUGCUUACUUAAGAAAAGGAUCACCUGAAGAAGUGAGACGCUUAGUACGGAGACUUUCAGACGGUAAAGCUAUACCCCCAGAGGCGGAAGUUUAUUUAGAUUUACUUUCUAAUGAAUGGGAACGCUGUCUUGUUUUGGCAGACGCGGAGUCUGAUGACACAGGCAGUUCUAUUUCAACAGUUGUUGAUAGAUUAGGAUCAAUGGCAAAUUCUGUUGAGAAUAGCAUUCCAUCAACUCCGAUAAUGCAGCCAAAAUCUAUAGAUAUUCAGAAGGUACUAAAUAGUAUUGAAAACAUUGAUUCCGAUAUAUUGAAAGAUAUGACUAGUGCAAAACUUUUGGAAAUAAGCGAUGAUUCUAGGAAAACUGACAAAAAACCAUCAGAUAACGGAUUGAAAAAUUACGAAAUAACAAUUCAGAAUGCUUUAGUUACAGAAAACACAGUAAAGAAAAAGUUGGAAAAAAAUGAUAAAAACAAUAAUCCCACGCACAUUUUGAAAAGUAAUACCGAAACAAAUGAUUCUACGAAAAUCAAUGACACACCUUCAAAGCAAGAAACUGUUUCGGAAAAACCUAAACCAAUGCCGAGGAAUACGAAAGUGGAACGUUCGGCUAGUGAAAAGAAACGCCGUCCUAUUCCCAUUCCAGAACUACUUUCACCACCACUGUCCGAACCUCUUUUAACACCAACAAAGAAAACGUGCAUUGAAACUUGGUUGCAGAGAUCAGAAAUUGAAAUGAAUAGCAAAACUGAAGAUAAAUUAGAAGACAGUUCUGUACCCGAAAUAUUGCCUCGGCUUAUCGAUUUUGUACCUAAAACUCAAUACAAAGACAGCAGUGGCAGUGAAUCACCUACAAGUACGUGCACACGGCCAACUACCGCACCACCGCCGCCUCCUGUAGAGACUAGGGAAGAUGGCUCCGGGGCAUCACUCGACACAAUAGGAGAAUUGGAUGAAUCCAGUGACGUUACCGACAAUGUGAAACCCGCAACCGACAACGAAGCGAAUAAACGAAAGUCGCUGUACGAAAGAAGUUUUUGGGAUGAUCGUGUCAGCAAAAGUGAUGCCGAAGAUAAAAGUCUUUCGAAUGACGAAACACCAUUGCCGUCCUGUCCGCGACAGCCUCCUGAUGGCGUGGAGACACCAUCGGAUGCUAUCGAAAAAACUCCCGACUUACCUACGCGUUUACCACCUCGACUCUCGACUGGAACUGGCUGGAACAGCACUCGUCCUCGGUUCUCCUAUUUAUCGCGAACUCAAGACGCAAGAAGUGAAGCUAGUGUAAAGGACAAGAUCGCUAUGUUUUCUGUCGAUCUGGCAAAUUCAUCGGAUCGUUUAGAUACGUGUGGAACUUUACCAAUCAGAUCACAUUCAACUUUACGAAAGAAUUCAACUCCAUAUACGAGUACUUACACUGAAGUGUCAUCUUUAGAUAGACGCUUGACAAAAUCUCAAGAUAACCUGGAUGAAACGCCGCGCUCAUUCAAACGAAACGUUGAUAGACCUGAAGUUCUUGGUGCAUUAGAAAACUCAAUUACAGAAAAAAAUAUUAAGCGAUUUAUUCAACCAGAAAUAAGCAAUAAACCUCUAUUUUAUGGAAGCACUACUACAUUGCCAUCGGAUGCAACGUUUACUCGUCCCACGUAUCAUGUGCGAAGUAUAAGUGAUGAUAAUAGUAGCAAAAAUGUUUCCACACACAAAUCGAACUUAGAAUACUUGAUCGAGCAGAGAAAGAAAUCUAUGUCAAAACUGCGAGGCUUAGUAAUACCUGAAGUCCAAGCCCCCAUAGUUGAUUUACCUGAGAUUAAAGUUCUAGACUCGCUUUCUAAACCGUUCCUUUACAAUUCCCCAAAUAAAGAUAUCAAAAAGGAGUCUAACUUAAGCCAUUCCAAAUCCAUAAGCUUAUCAGAAAAUAAAUGGAAAACUAACUUUAUUCCGAACAACAUUCCCAAGUAUUCGCCAGCAUUUAAGCGGAAAUCUUUGCAAGUAUACUCUCCUUCUUCUUUAUCAAAAGAAUCGACUCCGGAACGCAAAUUAGUUGAAAAGAUAGAUACAAUCAACAGAAAGAAUAAUUAUAGCAAUACUCCUGCUUUACAACCAGUACGAAAUUCAUUUGAAUUUUCGAAAUCAUCCCUCACAAAAUCAGGUUCAUUAUUUAACAGAGACUAUUAUAAAAAUCAUGCUAAUGGAAAUAUUCAAGACUUUAAAAAUGUAGAAAUAAAAAUAUGCACUACGACGGAUAUAGUAGAUAGCGACAAUGAUUCGGCCAUGAGUUCUACCCAAUCUAGUUAUCGUUCAUCAGCUUCCUCGCCUAUGCAUACUAUUGAAAAUAUAGAAUCAGAUAGUUCACGUCUCUCUCCAAGGAUUUCUCAUUAUAAUACGUACACGAUUGUUAAAUCUGAAAUACCUAAUAAGUGCACUACUGAGAAAAAUUUUGAAGAUUAUAACAAAAGAAAAAUUUGCAGAUCUAUGUCUUCGGAUACAAAUAUAUCGCUUAGCUCCUCAGCAGGCUCAGCAGCAACAUCAGGGUCACAAGCAAGUUGUAGUUCUCUAGAAAGUUCUGUCGCUGACUCAGACAAGAGAAAAGUUUCAAAAGUUUACAACGUGGAUACUAUCAAUAGAAGAAAUAUUGUUGCUUCGGCAAAAUGUAGAAGUGGAAGAGAUGUCAAACUUAAGUCACCGGUUGUUGAAACUAAAUUCUCACAUGAGUCUCUCAACAGAUCUCCCAGUCCAACAAAUAAAACGUCUGAUCGCCUUUCUACACUCACAACAUCGGUGAGUGCUAUAACAAAAGGUGAAAACAGACGGCGUAACAAAAUAAUUGUUGACAGUGAUUCUGACUCAGAUAGUGAAGUAAAUAUUCGACAACGAAAAUCGGACUUCAAAAAUACACGAUUGAAACGCAAUUCAAGUUUAUCAAACAAAAGCAAACAGAAUGAAAUGAAUCAAGAUGUAGAGAAAGCAGCAGAAACACUUAAGCACACUAAAGCUGAAAUAGCCAAUGAGAUCAAUGAAGGUUGUUUAGAAUACAGUGAUAGUAUUAAAACAGUAAUGUUGCAAAAGAAAAACAGUUUCAGCUCAAAUCAAAGUAAAAAGGAGGUACAAAAAAUUGAAAAGCUCGAAGAAAAUCGAAAAGGAAUUCCAUUAAAUGAAACAAGGGAGCUGAACGCUCCUAAUGUCGUUAUUAAAGCAAAAAGUGCGCCUACUGCUACUACAAGAGAUAAUAAAAAUACUAAUAAACAACAAAUUAACACUAAAAAUAGUGAUGUUUGUAAGACUUCAACACAAAUUUUCCGACUUAUAAAAGGUGCUGGGACCGGCGUGGGUCUGAUAUUAGCCGGAGGAGUUGACUGUGAGGCUAAAGAUGUCACUGUACAUCGAGUAUUAGAAGAUGGUAUUGCUGCAAAAGCUGGAAUAAAGAGGGGGUCCAAAAUUACAAGCAUAAAUGGCAUUGCAAUGUUCGGCUUGACGCAUGCUCAAUCUGUUACUAUACUGAAGGAGCAAAGAUCAGAAGUUAUAAUUGAAAUAGAAAAUGAGGUUCAACAAAACGGAAAUCCUAAAGCAUGCGGCUCUGAACAUGCGGAGUCGAACGGAGACCAAACUGAUGUAGCUAACAGAAAAGAGACUGAUAAGAAUGGUCGUACUGUAGUGACCGUUAUGUUAGAAAAAGCUGGUGGUGGAGCUGGUUUAGGUUUUGGUUUGGAUGGAGGACGCGACUCUCCUCAAGGCGAUCGUCCCUUAACUAUCAAAAAACUCUUCGCAGGAGGCGCUGCUGCACAAAGUGGGCGCAUUGUGGUUGGUGCAGAGCUCAUCUCCGCUGGAGGACAAUCUAUGGAAGGCUUCACAAGAACUCAAGCAUGGGCUGCCCUAAAAGCGUUGCCAGCUGGUCGGGUGGCGCUGAUUCUUAGAAACCCAAGUUCGUCAAAUUAAAUGAUGUAAACAGUAGUCUAAUAUUUUAAAAAUAUGAUCCUUACUAUAAUUUUAAUAAUUAUUUAUUUCAUUGGGAAAUGAUUAAUGUAUCUGUCGCACUAAUUUAAAUGAUUAUUUUGUUAAAAACCUUUUUAAAGUAACUUAAUAAUCAUGACUUUAAAUGCCUAUUUUGAAUUUGUGUAGACUACCUACUAAACGAACUGAUUUAGGAACGAAGGAGCUUUGAGUUUUUCGUUAAUUUCAAUGAUUUGUACUCACUCUUUAGUCAGCAUUAGCAGAUGCGUUGUACAUAGUAUUUUAAUAAUUCGGUGAAAUUGAUUAAUAACUCAUUAUUCGUAGCAUUAAUGCUAUAAAGAAUGUAAUCAACGAUUUGUU